AAAGUAUCGCGAUACUUGUUCCCUCCGUGAUCUUGCCCCACGCAAACAAAAAUGGUGGCCGCCUGACCGUCCAUGUGGCUCCGAAGACAGAAAAACUCCGUCAUAACUUCACAUUAACUUAUUAAAUAUCCUGUAAACACACGGUGGACUCGGCGGUGAAGCUGCUAGCGGCUCUGCGAGGAACUAAAAAUGCAACACGACGACGUGAUCUGGGACAUUAUCGGGAACAAACAGUUCUGCUCCUACAAAGUCAAGACGAAGGAUCAGGGCUUCUGUCGGAAUGAAUACAACAUCACAGGGUUGUGCAACCGCUCGUCCUGUCCGCUGGCCAACAGUCAGUACGCCACCAUCAGAGAGGAGAAAGGUCAGUGUUUCCUCUACAUGAAGGUGAUCGAGAGAGCAGCUUUUCCUGCCAAGAUGUGGGAGAAGGUGAAGCUCAGUAAGAACUACGAGAAAGCUCUGGAACAGAUCGAUGAGAAUUUGAUCUACUGGCCUCGAUUCAUCCGACACAAAUGCAAACAGCGCUUCACCAAAAUCACUCAGUACCUGAUCCGCAUGCGCAAACUGGUCCUGAAGAGACAGAGGAAGCUGGUUCCUCUCAGCAGGAAGGUGGAGAAGAGAGAGAAGAGGAAAGAGGAGAAAGCUCUGAUCGCCGCUCAGCUGGACAACGCCAUCGAGAAGGAGCUGCUGGAGAGACUCAAGCAGGGAACGUACGGAGACAUAUACAACUUCCCGGUGCACGCCUUCGACAGAGCCCUGGAGCAGCAGGACCAGGAGAGCGAGUCCGAGUCUGAGGAAGAGGAGGAGGAGGAAGAUGAUGAGGACGUCGGGAAGAGCGAGUUUGUAGCAGAAGAAGAAGUGGAGGAGAGCGACCUGAGCGACUUCGAGGACAUGAACAAACUGAAGACGAGCAGCGACGAGGAGGAACAGGACGAGGAAGAGGAGACGUCCAGUGAAGAAGAGGAGGAGGAGGAAGAGAUGGAGGUGCAGACGAAGGCCUCAAAGUCUAAAGGCAAAUCUCCGGCGAACGGCUCGGCGGCGAGGAAGAAGCGAGCGUACGUGGAGAUCGAGUACGAGCAGGAGACAGAGCCCGCCUCCAAGAGCAGAACCACGUUGUGAUGUCACACCACCUCUGCUGCCAAUCAAACUGUGUGCCGUCUGUGAGGUCAGCAGACUCCUGCCGAGGACACGCCCCCUCCACGCUAACAGACUCGGGAUCGUCGUCGGUGUGUUUUGUACUCAGCCUUUUCUGAAACGGACUCUGGACCGCUCUGUUCACGUGUUAAGUGACGAAUAAAGUUUUCUGACCUCCUGAGCAGCUGCUGCUACCGUUCGCCGCCGUAGAAGCCGUGCGGCUGCUUGUUGACGGUCAGACGGCAGCAGAGACUUUUCAUCUCACUUUAUCGUUGCUAACGUGCCCCUCUCUCUUUUCUGGUCUUCAAAGCUAACAAGCUACAUGCUAACAACAGAGUUAGCCCCUCCCCCUUCCCGUGGACCACCAUGGCAUCUUAUUUCAGGAAACACACGUACGUUGGUAGACGGCGAGAGACGACUAGUGUUUAGAUCCCGUUUAAAUUGUGUCCUGAAUGAAAACGCAUGAUGUUUGUCAGUUUAAAAAAAGAUAAUUUAAGCCAAGAAAGUCGCAUUUUGUCGUUAAAAUAUCGGUCCAAAGUUUUAGAACACCGCCAUGUUUGUAGUUCUGUAAAUCUAACUAGUUCAAGUCCAGUGAAAAACCUUUAUAUGCAACCAAAGUGAAGCGGUAAACCAACGUUUCCGUCACCAAAACAAACACUUUCAGAGGCAAAAUUAACAAUUAAAUGAAGGAGUUUUGUUCAUUAUUUCACCGUAGGAUCAACUGAUGACCAGCUGCUCUGCCUUCAUAACUAUAUAUAUAAAAUUCAGUACAUAUAAAUGUUGUGAGGGCGGAUUAACAGGCCGCUCCAAGGUGUUUACUGUAGAAACGUGUUUACUUUCCUUCCACUGCUGCAGAAUGACCAAAGAAGGUAAAGACAAAGUUUAGGUCAACAAAACUAAGAAAUAAUGUAAAUUUCAUGGAUCAAUAAUGAGUUAACAACUCUGCAGCAGUGAGUAAACACCUUGGAGGGGCCUGUUAACUCUCUAACUUUAUUUGGACUGUUCUAUAAAAUGUUAAUGAAGUCAGAGCAGCUGGUCAUCAGUUGAUCCUACAGUGAAAUAAUGAACAAUGAUUAAACACGUCAGGUGAGAAACAUCUGUGUGUGUGUGUGGAACAUAGCUAAGCUACCAGAAAUUAACGUUAGCUUAGCAUUACAGCGCUAAAAUGUUGCUGACACGUAUUGUGUGAGACGAGAGAUGUAGUUCACUGAGCGGUUUCACACAAAACUAAAUGUUACUGUACUGUUUUACGACAAACUGAGUUUCUUGACUUAAAUUAUCUUUUAAACUGACAAACGUGUGUCAUUCAGGACUCAAUUCAAACAGGAUCUAAACAUUAGCUGUCUCCCACUGUGCAUAUUUCUUUCAAAAUAAGGUCCCGUGGGACAGAAGGGAAGGACUUCAACGCUCUAUACCAUGUGGGUGUGUUAGCACCAGUUUAUUAGCCACACCGAGCUAAAGCCAGUCUGCAGUAAAUCCUCCGGAGUGAAGGUUAAAAAGUUCAGUUCGUUGGUUCAGAUGUAGAAUCAUUCUGGAGGAUUCAGUUUGUAGAGCUGCAGCGAUUAAUUAGUUGCCAACUAUCAAAUAAAUAGCUGACUAUUUUGAUAAUCGAUUAAUCAGUUUGAGUCAUUUUUUUUAAGAAUUUAAAAUUUGAGAGUAAACUGAAUAUCUGUGUGUUGUGGACAAAAAGCAUUUGGGAAUGUCCUCUUGAGCUUUGGGAGAAAUUCUUCACCUUCUGACAUUUUAUACCUCAAACAACCAAUAGAUUAAUCAAGAAAACAAUCGUUAGUUACAGCCCAACUAUCGUGUUAUACCGAGAGGUGUUUAUAAUAUCUAAUACUUCUCAAGGACUGAACAUGAUAACUUCACGAAGGGAUUUAUUGCUUCAGUUUUCGCUAGAUAUUCCUAAUAAACUGAUAAAUUGAUUCAGUAUACUUUAAACACUUUUUAAAUCCUCUAAAUUCAUUUAAAGGUUCAGUUCAACCAAAAUAAACACCUCCUCUUCUCUCUCUCGCAGCGUCUGUCCAGUCAGUUUGUUUUCUUUAUCUGUCUGAAAGUAGUAAAACUACUAAAAUACAUUUAAAAAGUAAAUGAGUAGAGUAAAGAAAGCAACGUCAUUUCUCACAUUUUGCCCCAUAAAAGUGAAAUAACUUGUCCUCAAAUACUGUAUUUUACUUACUUAGUAUUUAAACGUUAUGCUACUUUAUAUUUCUACUCCACUCUAUUUAGUUACAUUUAAGAUUGUUACAAAAUAUAAAUCACCUAAUAAGUUUUAUUCUGCAUGAGUACUUUCAAAUGUGGUCCUUUAAGUAUAUUUUGAUAUGUAUAUUCUGAUAGUUUUGUACUUGAUCUGAGUGCUUCUUCCAACAUCACUAAUGAGUUUGGAUGGAGACUGAAAUCGAAAUAAACCAGAACUUUCUGACUGGACAGAUUUCUGCUGGAGGACUCUUCAUUAUCACACAAUAUUUAAAUGUCCCACUUUACUGAAGUUAAAAUCUGAAACCGAAAAUCCCAGAGUCAUGUUUCAGCUUUUCAGAGAAACGGAUGUAGGAAAUACAAACCUGCUGGACAUCAUGUUUGUUUGUACAGAGACUGGAAUCAUUUCAUCUGUUCAUGGAGAUGCAGGACGGAUCUGACCUGAAAUCAGAUCUGCUUUCUGAAUAAACCACCAAAAGAGACUUUACCUCUGCUGUUUUUAAGAAACACAAAUUAUCUUCGAAAACAAACUUUCUUGUUAACAAUUUUCUUUGUCCCAAAUAAAGAACGUUAAUACCUUU